ACCUUAAUGGUCGAUUUUAACCAGCAAAAGAAAACUAGGCCUUGUGUCCAAACAUCAAUGCCACAAUUCUUCAAAAUAAUCCCCUGCCCUUCUUUCAUCAUGGUCCAUAUAUCAAACAUAGCCUUAUUUGAUUCAAUUUCAAACAGGAGAAGAAAUUCCUAAGAAGUAUUCGUCCAAUACCGAACAGGGUUUCAAAGCGCAGUACGCAAGACGCGUCGGACUGACAAAACGAGGAGAAACAAGAAAACGAUUGAAAUUCCCGUUCGAUAUGACCUAUUUUCAUUUAGUAAUUAAAAUAUAGUGACUCUUGUCGUACGUUUGCGUUGUGGCAAUAUGUUUACGUAUAAUAUAACCAAGAAGUUUCAUUAUUGCUUUUGAAAACGGCGCUUUUGUGGAUGAUACAAAAAGUCACGUGACUAGAUUAUGGAAUAUGGCGGCCUCCGAAUUUACAAAAUGGAUUCUUAUUCGUGUAAUCUGAGGGCAAUGAGCACGUGUGUUUGUUUACAUUUUUUAAAUAGCACGUGACAGUGUUGGGGUACCAUUUCAGUUGGGAACCAUGCCUAGGGGUGGUGGGCGUGGUCGGGGGAGGCCACCAAGAACUCAAACCCCAAGAUCUGCAAACUUUUUGAGAAAACCCAAAGCUUUUGGUGGCGGUUAUGUUGGUGACAACAAUAAUUCAAGAGCUAGUACACCUCUCAGUAACUACUCUUCUUCAAGCACACAUGUAAGAGGAAAAUAUGAAAGGGGAAGGAGAGAUACUGCCCAUAGAGGAAGAGCAUUUGUUCAAAAUUUGUUUGAUGAUGAUGAUGAGGAAAUGUCAAGAGAUAGUUUUGGCAAUGCAUCUUUUGAUCCUGGAAGUGAAAAUCUUGAUGAUCUGUCAAAUUUGGAUGGUGAUUCCGAUAGAUCCUUUGUUGAUGAUGAUUCUGAUUCUGAUUUUAGUGUUGAGAGUGGAAGUACAACAAGCAAGCGUAAGGUUGUUUUUUUCCGGAGACCAAAAAGCCCAGAAAUUCCAGAUGAUAUUGAAGUGACACAACUGAUUUUACCCUCAAGUUCCAAUGAUUUAUUAAUUCCAACUAAUUUUAUAAUGCCAUGUUUAGGCAUUUAUGAGAUUUUGAGACAUUUCAGAAGUAUAGUAAGAUUGUCACCAUUUACUUACGAAGAUUUUUGUGCUUGUUUAUUAGCAGAGGAACAGUGCAAUUUAUACACAGAAAUACACAUUAUGUUACUCAAAGCAAUAUUACGUGAAGAAGACAACAAUAGUUCUACAUUUGGACCAUCAGAUGUCAAAGAUAGUAUUAAUGUGUCAUUUUUUUUCAAUGAUUCAAUGACCUGGGCUGAAGUGACAAGAAUAUACCUAGAAAGUGAUAGGAAUUCUUCGGGAGAUUUCUCAGAAACAAUAGCAGUCCUUGAAAAAGCUGAAUUUCCAUUUGUCUCUGUUGACGACAAAGUGAAGGUGUUACAAACUCUCACCGACCUGUUUCUAACCACCAACAAAGUGAGGGAAGAAAUUCUGAUGGAAGGAAAUAUUCAUUAUGAUGAUCAUUGCAGAGCAUGUCACAAGCUUGGAGACUUGUUAUGUUGUGAGACCUGCUCUGCUGUGUAUCAUCUGGCAUGUGUAGAACCCCCGUUGGAGGAAGUUCCUGACGAUGACUGGUUAUGCAAUAUUUGUAGAGCUCAUCAGGUAAAGGGUGUGACCGACUGUGUAUCAGAGGCAGAGAAAAGUGGGCUGUUGUGUCGACAAGAUCCAGUCGGUUAUGACAGACAUGGCCGCAAAUACUGGUUCCUAGAAAGGAGGAUUAUUGUAGAGGGAGAUGACCGGGUUUGGUACUACAGCACAAAGAGGCAGCUGGAUGAAUUACUCGAAGUGUUUGAUAAACAGGGCUUCGAACGCGAGCUUGCCUUUGUCAUCAGCGACCUCCGAGAUGACAUCAAUAGGCAGAUGACAAUAACUGAACAACUCACUGAAGAGAAAUGCACAAACAACAAAAAAUCUGCCAUUGAAGUGGAGAAUGCCCAGCUGGAGAAGAUACAGAGUGACAGAGCGAAGCGCAAAGCAGAGGAGGAGGCUGAGCGUAAGAAGAAAGAGGAGGAAUUGAGAAGACAACGCGAGGAGGAGGAACAACGGAGACGAGAGGAGAUAGAACACAGGCUAAACAAUGGAGAUGAAGCGGAAGUGCUAAGCAGCAUGUCAAUGCAGCAUGUGUCAUCUGACUCCACUAACAUGACUACAGAGAUCAUCUCAACGUCAGACCUGGGGGUUGUGUCUGCUGUUGAGACCGUGGAAACAACCACAACCACCACCACAACCACCAAAUCUACCAUCCGAAUCACCCCAUCACCAGACAAGGAGGUGGUCAAAACGAUUGAACCUGGCCUCAUGACCUCUGGGAGGAAGUCUGAAGAGAGAUCUGAAAGUGUAAACAAGGGGGACAACUCUCACAGUACACACAAUGGGGACAGCUCACAAAGCAGCGAACCAAAGUGGCCAGUUCUGUCAAAAGAGAGCAAAGUUAUAGUAGUUGGUGGUGAUGGCAAACAGGGUCAAGGGUUAAUGAACAUUCAGUCUGUGUGUCCCAACAGCAAACCAGGUACAACAUUUGUUCUGCUGAAUAAGGAGGGCAAUCAAAUGAAAAUCAGUCUAGCUCCUAAGAAGGAUGAAACUGAUGAGAACAAAACAGAAGAAGAAAAUAUGCAAGCAAAUGGCGGCAGAAUGAUGAUUACUAGAUCUAAAACAGGCUCACUGACACCAAAACUGUUCUCUGACUCUGUCAUGGGAACAACUAUCAAAACAACGACGUCCAAUGUGAAAACUCUUAGCACAAACAAUGCAGAUGAGGUUCUCAUCAUCAACAAGGAUGGUGAGAUUACCAGGGUAGCUCGCAGCAAACUGGCUACCACAACCUCCAUCUUCACCCAACAGACAUACUUCAAACUUGGUAUGGAUGGAGGGUACAAGCAGUAUGUUAACCAGUACAGUACGGCAACUCUGGCCCUGAACAAAUACCAGCACAAUGAGGAGCGUGACAAGCGACGAUACCUCUCACAUAAGUUCAGCCUCACUGCAGCAAGUGAGUUCAAGUGGAAUGGCACGAUACAUGGCAACAAGGUCAUGACCAUGUCAACCAUGCGUCUGAGCCUUGCUCAGCUGGAGAACUCCAUACCAACACCGUUCAUGCACCCAAACUGGCCUCUGCACCGCCAGGCGUGGAUGAAGGCCCUGCAUCUGUGUAAUAAGCCAGACGACUUUGCUAACGCUCUCGCUGUGUUGGAAUCCGUCAUCAAGCCUUGCCUUAUGCUCCCAGUCUGGCAUGAAAACUUAGGUCACAUCAAGCUGCGGAAGAUAUCGUCUGCUGACCGUGAGGAGAUGAAGAAAAAAGAGAGGGAGCAGAAGAAACUGGCCGAUGAUGAGCUUGGGCGACCACUUGUCUGGAUCAAGUACACUCUUGGCCUCAAACACCAGGUGUGGAAGCAACGAGGUGAGGAGUACCGGGUAACUGGCGGACAGGGGUGGGCGUGGGUCCGAUCAUCCCAUCGCACUAACACCACCCCCCAGGAUACAGUUGGCCUACGAGCAGCUGCCAGGAAACUCCAAGCUAGACAGGACAGACUCAUAGGAUCUAAGGAGAUGGAUGAGAAAGGCGUCAAGAUGGAAGUAGAUGAGAAUGACAAAAAGCCCAAGGUUGAAAUUGACACAAAACAAGAAGUGACGGAACAGUCUGAGAGCAAGGAUGAGGUGAUCAUGAUGGAUACUGAUGUGGCUGAAGAGGUGGAGGUGAAAACAGAAGUGGCUGAGGUGGAGGUCAAAAGUGAGGAGAUUAAGACAGAGGAAGAUGAAAAAACAGACACUAAACAAGACAGUUCUGGGGAAGUUAAAGAUGAAAAAGGAGAUGGCAAUGUAGAUGUAAAAGAAGAACCAAUGGAUGUUGAUAUAACUAAGGAAGUGCCAAAAACUGAAAAGGACAUUGAGAAUGAAGUGAAAAGUGUACAGACUGGGAAUGUGGAUGUGGAGAGUUUGUCUCCUAAGAAAGUAACAAAACCAGUCAGAGUUGCUCAGGGAAACUUUUCUAAGGCUAACUUAAAAACCUAUUCUCUAUUGACUAAAAAGUGUGAUGUUGAUCUCAUUGAUGUUAGCAAAGCCAUAGAAGAGCACACUUAUUAUCCAAAAGUUACAAAGCCUUAUGCUAAACUAGACAAUCUGCUGGAAAGGAGACUUAGACUUGAGGAAAUAGAGAAGAGACAGAGAGACAGCAUACUGCAGCAGCUGCAAUGGAAACUCAAACUAGAGGCAGCAAAACAAGAACAGAAGGAAGUAUGUUCAUCUCCAGAGAAGAAUAUUAUAUCUCUCUCUAGACCUGCAGUUGUGGAAAAGAAAGAGCCUACAAAGGUAAAGCCAGUGAAAUAUGGUUGUUACUCACCUCUGUGCCAGGCUGGGGAUGUUAUAGGAGGCCAGUGCUAUAGUGUCCAGUGUAGGUUUGAGAAUGAUGAAGAAGAUGAUGAUGAAGAGCUGGAUGUGGAUGAUGCAGGUGAUGUGCAGAUGGAAGUGGACGAGGAUGAUGAAGACAAAACUGAUGAAGGAAAGAAGGAAGCUUCAGCAAACAAAAGUGGGACGGAAGAUGAAGAAGUUGACAUUCUAGGGGACAAAGAUGAGGGUGGCAGCAAGUCUGCAGCUGAAAAUCUCAAUGCCAAUAAUGCGAAUAUUAGUGGAGCAAGUGCAGCUAAAGUGAUUCAUGUGCCUUUUAAUAAAGAUGAAACAGCCAAGCCUGCUUCUAAGACAGGUGUGUCAGUGAAAUCUGCUGUAGGUUCACCAAAAGGAAAGACAAUGAUUUCCAUACCAGGCAAUCUUGCUCAACUAAUUGCCCAAAAGACCGGUCAGAACCUGACAUAUUCUCAAGCACAAGCUUACAUAAGACAGGCCCUUGACAAGAUGACUGUGGAUGAUAUUAAAUCUAAAAUACCUAAGGUCAGAACAACAAAGGACAAAGUGCAAUUAUUAAAGUUGGCAAAGGCAGGUGUGAAAAAGAAAGCUCAGAAAAAGACAAGCUUACCAGUAGUUCAGAAAUUUCUUACACCAUCAGGUUUUAGGAACUUAUUUGUGUUAGAAAAAUGGGAAGCAAAAAAAUUGUCAAGAAAGGCAGGAAAAAUUGAAGUUCAUGGUUUCAAAUAUGACUGUAAAAUGAACAAUGUAGACUGGCUUUAUCCUUGUCCAAGACCACUUUUUAAGACAUCGUUCAAGUACCGUCUUAACACCAUCAAGUCAUUGGCAGCAGCAGGGCUUCACCUGAGAGUGUUCUGGGCAUCUGUACGUUGGGAUGAUAUGCAGACAAAACCUCCUGCAGGGGGCACCAACACCAGCUCUACAGAGACUGAGAUCACCACCACUGAGCUCCUCAAGAGAAGAGAUAUUGCCCCAUACGGCCUACGUUCCGAGUUCCAGGUCAGGAAAAUCAUCGUACCACUGGGUGUGCCUGAACAACCGAAAGAGAAGUACACUCCAAUAAGAAGUGGUCUUCGUGAGAGAAAGAGGGCAGAAUCUCCAAAGCUGACGGAGCCUAGCGUAACUGAGACCUGGGUUCCUGAAGAACGACUAGAGCUCUGGGAGAUCAAAUUGUUUGGGGAGAAGGUUGAGAAGCAACGUGCAGCCCAGCAGGAGAAGCUGAACACCCAGCAGGCGGCACAGAACGCCACCCAGAUCAAACAGCAGUUGGAGGAGCAGCUGAAGCAGCAGAGGGCUGCCAUGCAGCAGAAACGACUGUUAGAGGCACAGACGACAUACACUACCACUGCAACAGUGACAGGUUCCCAAGCUGUGUUUAAGACCCUGACCUCGCUGACACCAGGCUCCACUGUGCUAAAGACAGCGGGCGGCAUGACCACCAUCCUUUCACCAGGCGGCCUUGUAAAAAAAAUACAGCAUGUCCAACCCAAGGCCAUCACAACCAUUGGAGGAUCUGUUGUCAGUUCUGGUUUGACGGGUGUUCGUCCCAUGGUGAAGGUGCAGAUACCAGGCAGUCCGGGGACCAUUGCACUGCGGCCUGCAGGCAGUCAGACCAUACAGCUGGCACCAAAACCUGCCCAGGGUACAGUGGUCACAAUGGGAGGAGGCCAGCCUCUUACUGCUAUCAAGCUGAACACAGGAGGCACAGGCCUGGCUGGACAGACGGUUGUCAGAGCUGCCACUCCUACCACAGUGAGAACGAGCACGCCCAGCAACGUGCAGAAUGUCCAGAUCAUUCAGGGACCCAAUGGACAGCUUCAGGUCAAAGGCCUUAUGCCUGGCCAGCAGGUGAUCAAGCUGCCAGAUGGUCGCCUGCAGCUGAUCAGCACUGUGGCACAGAAGCAGCUGCAGCAGCAAGGAGGUAUGGUCCAACUUGCAUCCUCUCAGCCCGCCACCCCACAGCGGGCAGCCAUACAGAUACAGGCCUCCCAGCCAACCAUCCAGCCUCAGACAGUGGUUGUGAACAGCGCCGGUAUCCCAGUCAGUCUGGGGGCUAGUGCUGGUACCACUCCUACCAAGAUUGUUCUGGGUUCUCAAGGUGGGGCACAGGCCAUGCUUGUCAGCACUCCACAGUCCAGCACUGUUUCAGCAGGCACAGUGUCCAUAAUGACCUCAGCUGGUGGUGGCAUUGCCAGAAUCAUCUCCCCGGUGAAGGGGACAGCUGGUCAGGUAAUACAGAAGGUGGGAACUUCAGGGGGCUCCAUAAUGGCCCUGGCCAACACUCCACAGGGGCCCAAGAUCAUCAGACACAUAACUCCACAAAUAGUGGUGCAGGGCCAGCAGCAGCAGCCCCAGUCAGCAGUCAGUGUGCAGCUGAAGCAGCAGCAGUUGCAGCAGCAGCAGGCCAUCCUUGCCCAGCAGCAGGCCACCCUCCAGGCAGCAGCUGCCCAGCAGGGCCAGACUCCAACACAGCAACCUCAGACACAGCAGAUCAAACUGCCUGGUGGACAGAUACUCCAGUUGUCCGGAACCCCUGGUCAGACAAUCACAGUGACACCUCAGCAGCUAGCUGCCCUCCAGCAGCAGCAGCAGUUAAAGCUGAAGCAGGUGGAUACCUCUCAGCCCAGCUCGACAAACCAGCCCACUGUGACAACACAGACCGGGGCUUCCUUCCAGCACCAAUUUGUAAAACAGGUUGGUGUGGGAGCUGAAGGGAAGGCUGGUGUUGUGCAGACUACAGUAAAGUCCCAAACUGCUGGCUCCACUCCCACAGUACAGGGGACUGGACCCAAAUCUCCUGCAGUGGCUCCGAACCCCACCGGCCAGAAAUAUGCUGUCACCCCACAGGUUGUGCAGGAAGUGGUGCGGCAAGCUCUGCUACAAAACCAGACACCAGAGAUCCAAGCCAAGCUGCUUGCCAUGCAGAAACAUAUGGUCCAACAGAAGGCUCCGGAUCUAAAAAGCAUCAUGCCCACAGCUACUGCAAUUUCUUUGCCCCCACCUAGUAGGCCUGAGCCCGCCCCUACCACUGUGGUUGCCACCUCACCAGAUAUGGGGGCACUGGCCAAACAGAAGGCCCCGCUCACACAAGAACAGAAGGAAGAACAUGCCAGGACUUCAGUAUGCAGUCAGGCAUUGAAGUCUAUCCUGGACAAAAUAGAGCGCGAAGAGAAGCGAGAACAGAAGUUACAGCGUAAGGCGGAGUCCGCAGAGGAGAAACAGAAACGCCUUGCUGCGACCAAGAGCCAGCAGAUUCUCUACAAACACAAGGAGGCUCUGAAGAGGGAGAUUCAGCGAAAACGCCACCUGAACGAGCAGAAUAUGCAGGUCGAUAUACAGAAUGAGAUCCAGGAGUUACAAAAGGUUCAAGGUGGGAGUCGGAAAAAAGCUGUGGCUGUGAGGCAGCCUGUGAUCCCUGCAGCCACUAUUGCCCUUCAGAAGCAUCAACAGGAGCUUAUGAAACUACCCCCUAUGCCACCCUCAAGUGCACAGGUGGCUGCAGAAGCCAAAGCCAAGAAGAAGAAACAGAAAGUUAUUUCCACUGGUGGCCCUGGGGGUGUAACACGAAGUUUGAAUCCUAGACAGAAGCUGUACUGCGUCUGCAAACAACCUUACGAUGAAUCCAGGUUCUAUAUUGGAUGUGAUCUGUGUUCCAACUGGUACCAUGGUGAGUGUGUGAACAUCUCUGAGACAAAGUCAAAAUACAUCGACUCGUUCAUCUGUGAUGAUUGCAAGAAGCAGCAGGAGGUGGCAACGGAGGAGCUCUACUGCCUCUGCCUAACGCCGUAUGAUGAGUCCAGGUUCUAUGUGGGAUGUGACAGGUGCCAGGACUGGUUCCACUGCGAGUGUGUUGGCAUCACCCAGCGCCAGGCAGACGAGCUUGACUCCUACAUCUGCCCAAAAUGCCUGCGACGUGACCAGGAGGACCCAAUCAACCAGAAGGAGCUCACCGACAAUGACUAUGAGCUUCUGUUUAAGCUUCUACACAGCCUACAGGUUCACAAGAUGGGCUGGCCAUUUCUGGAGGCUGUUGAUCCAAUUGAAGUACCUGAUUACUAUGAGAUUGUCAAAGACCCCAUGGACCUGAGUCAAGUGGAGGCAAAUCUAGACGGCCACCAGUACCGGCGACUCACAGACUUCAUCAAGGAUGUGACAAAGAUCUUCAAUAACUGCCGGCUCUACAACCCUCCAGACACGCCCUUUUUCCAGUGUGCUGAGGUCCUAGAGACAUACUUUGUGCAGAAACUCAAGGCCAUGAAGGACAAGUUCCUACACUCACAGGAAUAGAUCUAACAACUUGAACGUUCCACGUACUUUGAUAAAAGACCAAACAAGUUAUAUUAGCUUGAUUAUUGCUGGGAAAACAAACUGUGUAUUUAUGCAUUCUUAUUUGAAAUUGCUUUUUUAUGAAGCAUUACGGUAAUUGUUUCUGAAAUGGAACCUCAUUGAAGUUAGUGAAUAAAUCUGAAAUGAGGGUUUGAAGUCAGGAUUUAUGCUUAUUCAUCUGUAAAUAUAAACACCAGAAUAGUUUUAUUUCAGUGUAUAUUACACGGAGUAGAACCAUUAUGUCAUCUGUAAAUUGUUCUUCAUUUGUUUCCAUUAUCAUGAUGAUUUUUUAUCUUUAAUGAACUUAUAUAUCUAUUGUAAAUACAUUCUGUAAAUAAGCUUAAUGUAUUGUUUCAUUGCCAGGCUCUUGAUUUUGCAAUUAAUGUAGCUGAUAGGAUUUUAAGCUGUCCUUGAAUGAUAGAGGGAUGGUUGCAUGUUUGUUUUCCUUAUUUAAUCAAGUGAUCAUGUUUAUUUACUACCAGUAAAUCAACCUCAAAAAGUUUUGUACCCAUUUGCAUCAACUUUUUUCUUGUCCAUAAUCAACCAUUUCUAUAAUGUUGAACAUAAUGGAGUAUUUCUAUCUUACAAAACUAUUCAACAUCUAUGCAUACAAUGUAUGACUGUCUUUAGCGCAUGGCUUGUAAUGUAUAGUUUAGCCACAUUGAAGAGCAGUAUUUAUUUUUCAGAUUUGUCCACUGUAUAUUUACCACCAUCUUCAUUGUCAUUAUAGCCAUUGUCAUCAUCAUUACAGCUCUAUUUUCAUCACAAAAGAAUAUAUAACAUAACAUAAUUAAAUGCGAUAUUUGAUGAACACACAGCCAAUUAAAUAACAGUUGCAUGUUUUUUCAUUAGUAGUGUAUCUUAAAGCAAAACUCAACAUUCAAGUGCGAAAAUUCUGAUUGGGUAAUACCACAGAAUGUUUGUUACUGUUUUUGUCCGAUGUUUCAUCUAACUUAAAACAUCAUAUACUAGACAUGUGUGUAUGUGUAAUAAAAUGCUGUCAAUUUGG